GUGGCUUUCAACGCGCCUCGCCAGCCAAUUGGUCGAGUACUGUGAUAGCGCAAGGUUUAUAAACUCUUAAGUGCAGCGUUUUCUUUACAUAUUUUCCGAAGCAAGACAGAGGAACAUCAUGAACAAACUGAUUCUUCUUGGUUUUGUGCUGGUCACCCUCUUGGCUGUCAGCACCGAAGGUAAAGGUGUAUCUGAGCAGCGGAAAAAUGAGCUUGAUGACAAGCUCACGGGUUUCGCUUCCGAACUUCGCGAAAAAAAUAAAAAUCCACCAAAAAACCCUUCCAAAGUGACCGCGCCCCCCAAUAAACCAGGAAAUAAACCAGACAAGAAACCGAACAAGAAACCAAACAGUCAAUCAGAAAAACUCCCAAACAAUAAUAAAGGAACAGAUAAACCUGAUCAUUUAAAAGAAAAGGGUCCGUCCAAAAAAUCGACUCCACAAGCAAGUGAUGAAGUGGAUGCAACAGAAAAUCCAGAAGUGUGAGUUGCAACGAAAAAAAUCAGCCAAAACCUAAACGAAACCAACAACAUCAUAUUUUAUGAAUGGCUGCAAUGUUUUUUGUGUUUUUGUGAAAACAAUAUAAGCUU